AUGAAGACGGUCAACGCAUCCCUGGAAGAUGCCCUGGACACGAGCCAAAGGGCCAAGAAGAACAAUGCCGAAAAGCGGACCCUGCGCCACAGCGGAACAACGCUAGGACGAAGAAGAAAGAGAUAUUCUUGUGUGCUUGCUCCAUGUUGGGAUGUGUAUGUUCAGGUCGUGGUGGAGAAAGUCCCUGGCUCCCAGAUCGGAGAUAUUGACAAGCGCAAGUACCUGGUGCCAGCCGACAUUACGGUGGCACAGUUCAUGUGGAUCAUUCGCAAGCGCGUGCAGUUGCCUUCUGACAAGGCCAUCUUUCUGUUCAUAGACAAGACAGUGCCACAGUCAAGUGCUUCCAUUGGCCAAUUAUAUGAAGACCAGAAGGAUGAAGACGGCUUCCUGUACGUUGCCUACAGUGGAGAAAACACCUUUGGACGCUGAUCCCGGGCCAGUCUGCGGAGUGCACUGCAAGAACCACUUCGCCAACAACGCAGGACAAAACCACAACCAAGACGGAAUUACCUUCCAAACCCCGCAGCCUGCAGUUAAUGAUCCACGUUACUUUCUCCCCAAAAUCAACACGCUCGUUAAAAGAUGUGCAGUGUCGCGGCAUGUC